GCAAUCGUGGACAAGCAGUGUGCAUACAAAGAGAAGGCUCCAUGUACCAAAAAAAAAAGUCAUUUCUGUUUAUGUAGUGCAAACAUGGCUCUCGAACCCAUCGCCCUCCUGCUCACGGUGCUCAUCGCCGCGCCGCUCACGGUCCUCCUCCUCUUCCUCGUCGCCGGCAACAAGAAGGCCGCUCGCGCUGCUUCUCCCACGCCGCCUCGCCGCCGUGAUCGCUUAAGGCUCCCGCUGCCGCCGUCGCCGCGGGGCCUCCCGCUGGUGGGCCACCUGCACCUGCUGGGCGCGUUGCCGCACCGCGCGCUGAUGUCCCUGGCGCGCGCGCACGGCCCGGUGCUGCUGCUCCGCCUGGGCCGCGUGCCCACGGUGAUCGUGUCCUCCGCAGCCGCCGCCGAGGAGGUGAUGCGGGCGCGGGACCUGACGUUCGCUAACCGGCCCGCGAGCGCCAUGGCCGAGCGCCUCCUCUACGGCCGCGACGUCGCGUUCGCGCCCUACGGCGAGUACUGGCGCCAGGUGCGCCGCGUCUGCGUCGUCCACCUCCUCAGCGCGCGUCACGUCGGGUCCUUCCGCCGCGUCCGAGAGCAGGAGGCCGCCGCGCUGGCCGCACGCGUCGCCCGGGACAGCGCCGGUGGCGCGGCCGUCGGCCUCAGCGAUCUCCUCACCGAGUACGCCAACGCCGUUGUGUCGCGCGCCGCGUUCGGCGACGAGAGCGCGCGCGGACUGUUGGACGAAUUCGACUCCGGCCGCCGGCAGAGGAAGGUGCUCAGCGACUUACAGAAGCUCAUAGGGACGACGCCCCUCGGGGAGUUGCUGCCGUGGCUAGGCUGGGUGGACGCCGUCACCGGGCUGGAGGGGAAGAUCAGGCGGACGUUCGAGGCGCUUGACGGGUUGCUCGAGAAGGUGAUCGAUGACCACCGCCGGAGACCUCGCAACGGGGAGGACGGCAGCCACCGAGACUUCGUGGACGUGUUGCUGGACGUCCACGAGAAGGAUCAAGAGCAUGGCAUCCAACUAGAGAGCAACGAAAUCAAGGCCAUCAUCUUGGACAUGUUCGCGGCAGGCACGGACACGACAACCACGGUGAUGGAAUGGGCCAUGGCGGAGCUCGUCACCCACCCGCGCGCCAUGCGGAGAGCCCAGGACGAGGUCCGCGCGGCGGCGGCCGGUUCAACUGGCGUCAACGAGGACCACGUCGCGCAGCUGGACUACCUCAAGGCCGUGCUGAAGGAGACGCUCCGGCUGCACGCGCCGGUGCCACUGCUGGUGCCCCGGGAGCCGGCGGCGGACACCGAGAUCCUGGGGUACCACGUCCCGGCGCGCACGCGCGUGCUGGUCAACGCCUGGGCAAUUGGCCGGGACCCCGCGACGUGGGAGCGCGCCGAGGAAUUCGUACCGGAGAGGUUCUUGGGCGGCGGCGCCGCAGCCAACGUCGGCUUCAAGGGGCAGCACUUCGAGCUCCUGCCGUUCGGCGCCGGCAGGAGGAUGUGCCCCGGGAUCGCGUUCGCGGAGGGAAGCGCCGAGAUGGCGCUGGCGAGCUUGCUGUAUCAUUUUGACUGGGAGGCGAGCCGGGGCCAGAACCGGGAAGGGACGCCGUCGCUGGACAUGACCGAGAUGAGCGGGAUAACCGUGCAUAUCAAGUCCGGUCUGCCGCUUGUAUCCAAGCCGUGGAGUGGAUCCCCCUUGAACUAGUAGCAGAAAAACAUUGAUAGGGCGCAUUAAAGAUGGCAAUGGAUACCUAAAAUCCAAAUACCCGACGGACCCGAUAUAAAGGUGGGUAUGGGAUGAUUUCUCUACCCGCGGGUAUACUAAUGAAUAAAAACCUCUACCUAUUGGAUAGACGGAUACGCGUACGAGUUGGUACUAUCCAUAUCUGUCUACCCAUAAGUAAAAUAUACCCACAUCAAUAUCAUUAUAACCAUUUAAUAGAGCCAAUCUUAGCUAAAAUAAACCCUUCUCUAGCUAUCAUUUGUCUAGAUACCAAGUUAUGUGAUAAUAUGAUUUGUUAUAUGUGAAGUUGAAAUUUUUUUAUGUUUAUUUAAUAUUUUGA